AUGUUGAUCAAAGCCUGCAAUACUCAGCUCCUGCAUCCAAUAUCUCUUGGUCAACCGGGCAUUGAAAUUAGUCACUUGUUCUUUGCAGAUGACUCUCUUUUCUUUCUAAAAGAAACUCUUCAAAAUUGUGAACAUCUCUCCGACAUUCUUCAUACUUACUGCCUCGCUUCUGGUCAGCUCAUCAACGCCGACAAGUCCUCCCUCUACUUCAGUCCAAAUACCAGGCCAGAAAUAAUCCAUUUUCUCAGCUCCAUUUUGGGUAUGAAGGUUGUGACUGAUCCGGGCAAGUACUUAGGACUUCCCACCACUUGGGGUCGUUCCAAAAGAGGUGCUCUAGCUUACAUUAAAGAAGCUGUUUUGAAAAAAGUUAAAGGUUGGAAGCAAACUUCACUCAGUCAAGCUGGGAAAGAGGUUCUAAUAAAGUCUGUAGCCUCUGCUAUCCCGGCCUACCCAAUGUUGUGCUUUAAGUUCCCUCUUUCUACCUGCAAUGAGCUUAAUUCUAUAUUGAGUAACUUUUGGUGGGGUAACACUGAUUCCUCGGGAAUUCAUUGGAAAUCAUGGGACUUCCUUAGUUUGCCUAAAGAUCAGGGUGGCCUUGGAUUUCGAAAUCUGCAAUCCUUUAAUGAUGCCUUACUUGCAAAGCAAGCUUGGAGGCUAAUUCAAGAUCCAUCUUCCCUGUGUGCUAGAGUUCUUAAACAGAGAUACUUCCCUAACACUACCCUGCUCCAUGCUCGGAAAGGUGGCACCCCAUCAUGGAUUUGGUCUAGCAUCCUAAUCGGUAGAGAUCUUCUGCACCAAGGUACUGUAUGGAAUAUUGGAAAUGGUUCUUCAGUCAAUUUGUGGUCUGACCAUUGGGUCCCAAUGCCCUCCCCUUCCCCAAUAUGUGCUGAUCAUAUCGACUCCUCCUCUUUAGUAAGUUCUCUUAUUGACUGGAACUCCAAACAGUGGGACACUAGCCGCAUUUCUACAUAUCUAUCUGCAGAUUCAGUUCGACGUAUCUCUGCCAUCCCUCUCAUUGACCCUCAGACCCUGGACAAAUUGAUUUGGCCUCAUGUGAAAAACGCUUCAGAAUUCACUGUGCAUAAGAAAUGUCCUUCACCCCCUCACACUCCUUCAUCUUCCACCUCCCAAUCCCGUGCUUCUCAUCACUGGCAACCACCCCCCAUACAUGCUCUCAAAAUUAAUACUGAUGCAGCCUGGCAUUCUGACUCAUUAUCAUGUGGUGUUGCCGCAAUUGUACGUAAUCAUCAUGGUCGUGUAAUUGCUGGGUCUGUUAAAACCCUUUCCGCUCCUUCUGUGUUUGCAGCUGAGGCUUUUGCAAUGAAUGAAGGCAUGGUUCUUGCUCUCUCCUUCCCUCAUCGGCAUGUGGAAUUAGCUUCAGAUUCUCAAUCUCUCAUCAAGAGUCUCACUACAAAUGUUCCCCCUGCAGAUUGGCAGGCUACUAACAUUAUCACUCAAGUCCGGUAUCUAGCUCAAACCCGGCAAGUCAGCUGGCUUUGGACCAGCAGAUCAGCAAAUUGUGCAGCAGAUCAUCUAGCUGCUCUUGCUUGUAGAGGAAAGUGCCCUGUGAACUGGCUUUCACACCCGCCUUCUUCUCUUUCUGAAAUCUUGUUGUAUGAUGGGUGCCCUGGCCCUCCUUAA